GCAGCGGUGGUGGCGUUUUCUAGGCAGCUGUCCCCUGGCGCCAUGCGAGGCCUCGGGCCGAGUCUGACGGUGCGGUGCUUCCUCCCGCUGCAGCUACUUCGGCGGCCGCGGCGGCCGCCCGGACCCCGGCUGUCGAGUGGGCCGGCAGCGGCGGGCGCCCUGGAGCGGGCCAUGGACGAGCUGCUGCGCCGCUCGGUGCCCGCGAUGCCGGCCUACGAGCUGCGCGAGAAGUCGCCGUUUGCGGCCGAGAGCCAGUGCGCGGACUUCGUGAGCUUCUACGGCGGCUUGGCCGAGGUGGCCGAGCGCGCCGAGCUGCUGGGCCGCCUGGCGGGGGGCUUCGGCGUGGACCACAGCCAGGUGGCGGAGCAGAGCGCCGGCGUGCUGCAGCUGCGCCAGGAGCCGCGGGAGACGGCCGUGCUGCUGCAGGCGGAGGACCGGCUGCGCUACGCCCUGGUGCCGCGCUACCGCGGCCUCUUCCACCACAUCAGCAAGCUGGACGGCGGCGUGCGCUUCCUGGUGCGGCUGCGGGCCGACCUGCUCGAGGCGCAGGCCCUCAAGCUGGUGGAGGGGCCGCACGUCCGGGAAAUGAAUGGAGUGCUGAAAAACAUGCUCUCAGAGUGGUUUUCAUCAGGGUUCCUGAACCUAGAACGGGUGACCUGGCAUUCACCCUGUGAGGUGCUUCAGAAAGUCAGUGAGUCUGAGGCUGUGCACCCUGUAAAAAAUUGGAUGGACAUGAAGCGACGCGUCGGACCGUACAGAAGGUGUUGCUUCUUUUCUCACUGCACAACCCCAGGGGAGCCCCUGGUGGUUUUGCAUGUGGCUCUGACCAGUGAGAUCUCCAGCAACAUUCAGGUGAUCGUGAAGGAGUGUCCUCCGUCAGAAACAGAGGAGAAGAACAAAAUCGCCGCCGCCAUCUUUUAUUCCAUCAGUCUGACCCAGCAAGGACUGCAAGGGGUGGAGCUGGGGACCUUCCUCAUAAAGCGAGUGGUGAAGGAGCUGCAGAAAGAGUUUCCUCACCUUGAGACAUUUUCAAGUCUGUCACCUAUACCUGGUUUCACCAAAUGGCUGCUGGGGCUCCUGAAUUCACAAGCAAAGGAGCACGGGAGGAAUGAACUAUUUACAGAUGCUGAAUGUAAGGAGAUCUCGGAGCUCACCGGUGGUCCCAUCACUGAGACCCUCAAGGGCUUUCUCAGCAGCAACGAAUGGGUGAAGUCUGAAAAGCUGGUCAGGGCGCUCCAGGCCCCCCUGAUGAGGCUCUGUGCCUGGUACCUGUACGGAGAGAAGCACCGGGGCUACGCCCUGAACCCCGUGGCCAACUUCCACCUGCAAAACGGGGCUGUGCUGUGGCGUAUCAACUGGAUGGCCGACGUCAGCCUCAAGGGCAUCACCAGCUCGUGCGGCCUGAUGGUCAACUACCGGUACUACCUGGAGGACACGGCCACCAACAGCAUCGCCUACCUCAGCUCAAAGACCAUCAAAGCUUCUGAGCAGGUCCUCAGCCUGGUGACCCAGUUCCAGAAGAACAGCAAACUCUAAACUUUCCUAAAGCAGACGUCCCGGCCCGGAAAAGGAUAAUGGUUCUGGAAGGGUCAGGGGGGUUAUGUAUCUAAAGGAGCUCUUGUAGUAAAGCGAAGUUACACAGUGUUCUCUCGCCCGCAGCAGGGUCCCUUGGGAGGCCGGGUCCUAACUUCCAUUCUUAAUUAAAGGUGCAAUACCUGAUCACAAGACGGUGGUGGGUACAGGUGGAUAUGGUCUGGGUGGGGAUGCUGUGCUCUCCAGAAGAUUCCGUCGUUGCCUUUGGCCUGGCUCCCUGCCCCAGGGUCGGUGCUGUGGUAACUCAUCUUCAGAAAGACCAGGAGUCUCUGCCAGCUGUUGUCCCAGGUGGAUCAGUCAGCAUCCCAAGGACCCGGGCAGACGGCCCAGGUGAGAACAGAUUUUCCUUCCAGCUUAGAACAUAAUUCAGCCAUGGUGGCUUUCGCCAUGGCUCUCCGCUCAUUGCAAAGGGAUAGAGGGCUAUGCUUUGUUUUACCAGUUACAUUUGGGAGAUCACAAAUGUAUGAAAAGGUUCAUGACUUUGUACGUUUACUAAGUCAAAUCACUGAACACAAAAGGUGUUGCUUAGGGUUUAAAUGUGAUUAUAGACUUUAAAUUUUCAGUGAUUCAAGUUCAUAAUGAACUUAAUAGUAUAGAACAAGUUUCUUCUGUGAAACAUUAAAAACAUGGUUAUUUAAGA